AUGGAAGAGAAAUUGAAGCAAUUAUUGACAGAGAAACCUGCUGUUGAGGACAAAGAUAUUUCUACCUUGUUUAAGAUCUUUCAAAUUGAACCCUCAACUUCUCAACGUUCAAUUUGUUUACAACUUGAAUCUGCAAAGGAUGUAAAAGGAACAGUUCAAUUAAUUUGUUCAAAUGCUACAGGAGACCAUUUUUUCGUUGAUUUAUUGAUUGCACAAUUCUCAAAUAGAAAUAAUUCUGAAUUUGUGUCGUUUGUUUCAAAAACUGCAAACAAACCAUCGAUGCGAGCAGUAUGUCAACGGAUAAGUUCAAUUAUGGAGAAAUGCAGGGACCAAGUGUCUUUCCGUGAUGAAAAAAUUGGAAAAAGUCUGAGUUCGUUCUUCUCUUACCUCCAUUCACUCAUUCAAAAGCCUGAAUAUGCUCCUCUCAGCAAUGUAAUGAUUCUUAUUUAUGUACAUUUGGUUACUGAUAAUGCUGAAGAUUUGUCAAUAUUGCUCUCUAAUAUACUUGGACAUAAGGUCCCAAAAACUCUCUCAAAACAACCUUUUGUCAAAGAACUUUAUAUUGCAAACGCAAUAAAUCAACAAGAUGUUGCACAAAAAGCAGCUAAUAUAAACAUAACAAAACGUUUGAAUGCAACAAUGUCUGGAUACUUGCCUGUACAUUGUAUUUGUGCGAUGCUACAUUGGCGUUCUUUUUCGAAAUAUAGUACCUCAAUAAAUGAAUGGGUCAAAACACAAAUGCUUGAAUGUCAUACACCUAUACAUCCAAUAGUGCCACAUUUACUAGAAAAUUUUGCGAGUAGUUGUAUUCCAUCAGAAACAUAUCCUCAUUUUAAUCAAUCAAUUGAUGAACAAUUUUUCCAGGAAAUAUUUUCUGGAGAAAUUUUUGAUGAUUCCAAACUUGUUAUUCGAAUACUUUCACUCGCUUUUCUUAUUGCUUUUACUUUCAAAUUGGAUUCGUCUUCAAAUAAGGAAGGAGGGACAAUUAAAACACCUAAAGCUUAUAGUCAAUCAUUAUGGAAAUCUAUUCCAAUUCGUUAUUUGUUAAUUGUGGCAGAUAUGAGACAUUCAGACUUUCAACACAUUAGACUGAUGUUACAGAGAUAUUUGGUAUUAAGCCUCCCUCAUCUUCUUCCAGAGCAAAUGCAUUUUGACUCGUUUAAAGGCCUAACUUCACAUAUUUUUACUCGUGGAAAGAGAAGUAUCGUCCCCGUUUCUGAAUUCGGUUUUGCCUUGGAAGAUGCAACCAACGGACGUGGAUUCUUUAAACUUUCAAAAUUAACUGAUUUAUUGUUUAAUCUGCCAAUUCAGUCACAAAUGCCUCAUUUUGAAAAUAUUUUGCAAGCGAUGACUGUAUCGUUGGAUGAAGAGCGUUGGCCACGUGCAUUGGUAGAAAAAUUGGCACUUUUGUGGGAACGUUUUGAUAGCGUACUCCCUCGCCGUCUACACGAAGACACAAUCCGUUUAUGGCUCAAAUCUCCUCAAGCUUCACAAAUUCCAAAUUUAGAUGAUCGGGACAACGAUUUUAUUAUAUCGCAUACUCCAUUAAUUUUAUUCAGAGCAGACUCUCGUGUUUUUAAAAGUCCACCACAUUUAAAAUGUUUUUGCCGUUUAUUAUCUUUUUAUUUGGCUGCAAGUAGAGAUGCAAAUUAUCUUAAAUUAACAAGGGCAAUUGCUUAUAAUACGAAAAGUGAAAUGGCAGAAAAAGAAGAAUUACUUCGUUCAUUUAUUGGAACACAGCGUUUAGCUGUUGUUCAAGUAUUUAUUGAAUUGUGUGAUGGGGACCCCAAAAAUAUACCUAACUUGGAAGAAAUUCAACAAAUUUUAUGUUCACAAAUACAUCAAUUUUUUAUAGCAGAUACUCAUUUACCCAAAUUAGUCCAUUUUAAUAUGUACCCGUUGAGGUUAAUACCAGUUAUAGUCAAAAAAGUUCCUUCAACCCAUGUUUUAAUUAAUUCUAUAAAUGAACUUCUUACUGGAGGAAAUUUGGAAAGACGUAUUUUUACUAUUGUUUUGAUGACUGAAUUGUUGGAAAAUUACAAAAUUCCAUCGGCAUUUGCUGCCUUAACUCUAAUAUCUGAUUUAUUGGACACUUUAAUCUCAAAUAUUAUCAAUGAAGAAUUUAUUAUUUUAAUGUUAAAUAUAACAACUUCAUUGGCACGUUUAAUAAUGCUUUCCCCUUUCCAUGCAGAACAUUUUUUGUCAACAAUUUAUAGAACAAGAAAAUUAGCAUUAAAUAGGCUUGCAUUAUAUACAAGUUAUACAAAAGCUAGAAUAUCCCCGGAACAAAAAUUAAUUGAAAUGAUAGAUAAAGUUUUAGAAAAAUUACCUAAAUUACCUGAAUAA